AUGUUGCUUGUUUCAGGUGAACUGCGGUGGGCGGUGAGCCGCGUCGCAAACACACAUGCUGACGAUAUGGAUACAGUAUGGCCGCGGCAUAUUGGCUCAACUCGCUCGGAUGCCUGUCGCUGUCGCUGCUAUGCCUCUUCGCAACUACUCUUCAAGUCACAAGCGAGUAGAGACCGAAGAUAUGUACAUACACGAAGAAAGACAGCCAGAAGGACUAAUGAUCUGAGAAAGGUAGCUGGAGAAAAUUGGUUGCGGAAGGCGGUGGGUCGAGGGCUACGUUGA